AUGUGCCAACACCCUCUCCACGAGUUCAUCGCCGGCCUCCCAAAGUGCGAGCACCACGUCCACUUGGAAGGCUGCCUAACACCGGAACUCAUCUUCCAACUCGCCGCACGCAAUGGUGUCACCCUCCCAACCGACGACCCAGCUUUCACCUCAAUCGAAACUCUAGCAGCGCGCUACGAGCGCUUCACUUCUCUUGAUGAUUUCCUUCACUACUAUUUCCACGGCAUGGCCGUCCUCCAAAAAGAAAGUGAUUUCGCCGAUCUGGCCUGGGCCUAUUUCCUGAAAGCCCAUGCAGACGGUGUUCACCACGCAGAAGUCUUCUUCGAUCCUCAGGUCCACCAGGACCGCGGAAUACCCUACGAAACUAUCGUAGCGGGCUUCUCAGAAGGCUGCAAGCGCGCCGAACGCGAAUUGGGUCUGAGCACUAAACUCAUCCUUUGCUUCUUGCGCCAUUUGCCCGUUGAAUCGGCUAAUGGGCUUUACAAGAAGUUCCUUGCUUCUGGUGACUAUGAGAAGGGUACUAUUCAUGGUCUUGGAUGGUCUUCGUCUGAGGUUGGACCUCCCAAAGAUAUGUUCAGGGAGAUUUACGCUUCGGCAAGGGAAAAAGAUAUUCGUCUGACUGCGCAUGCGGGUGAAGAGGGCGAUUCGACUUAUAUCAGUACGGCGUUAGAACUUGGUGCCACCCGCAUUGAUCAUGGCAUCAAUUUGGUUCAGGAUCCUGAGUUGAUGAAGAGAUGUGCGCGGGAGGGUGUCCUUAUGACAGUUUGUCCGGUUUCGAAUGUUAAGCUUCAGUGUGUGAAGUCCGUGGCUGAGGUGCCAAUUCGGAAGUUCUUGGAGGCUGGUGUUAAGUUCUCCAUUAACAGUGAUGACCCGGCUUACUUUGGGGCGUAUAUUUUGGAGAAUUAUUGUGCUGUGCAGGAGGCGCAUAAGCUUUCAGUUUUAGAGUGGAGGAUUGUGGCGGAGAACUCGGUGCAGGAGAGCUGGAUUUCGGAUGAGAGGAAGAAGGAAUUGUUGGAGCGGAUUGAGGUGCAUGUGAAGAAGUACCUGUAG